CCCAGCCUCCAUUCCCUACGACGAAACCCUCCCCUCUUUUCUCGCACGUCUCCGAUGGCCGCCGCCGCCGCGCCGCUCCGCCGGCUGCUGCUCCGCCUCCGCGACCCGCCCCCGCUCCCCUUUAACUCUCUCCUCUCCCACCUACCGCCGCAGCUCCAGCAGAGCCCCACCCCGACCCCGGCUCCCCCUCCACUCCCGGCCUCGACGCCGGCCGGAACGCCACCCGCGAGUCUCCGCGACGCCAUCCUCUCCUUCCACCCGGGCCUCCAGAUACACCCGUGCCUAGAUCCGAUCGGGGACGCCCCCGCCGUGGAGGAGGGAGGCGGAGAGGCGGCGAAGGUGUGGGCGGACAGCGUGAAGAAGAAGCGCAAGCGCAAGAUGAACAAGCACAAGCUCCGCAAGCUCCGGAAGCGACUCCGCCGCCAGACAUGAGCGCUCUCUCCGCUCCGGUUCAAAGGUUGUUGGACUUGAAACCAGGGUCUCCAAUGCAAUUGCACACUGGUUCUUGGCUGAUCGCCUGCUGUGGAUUUUUGUUUGGCAAAGGAGCUACUUGUUCAAUAGCAGCCAUCAAUUGUUGGGUUGGGACUAACUGUCUAGAAACUAUGACAGAACUCAUAAUGAAACUGAGCUGAGCUAGGUUAAGUUUUGAUUUCUGUCAAAUAAAGCUCCAGAUUUGGUUGUUUUGUUGCUCUUUCUUUCCAUUCAAUGCUGCGGUGAACCCACCCACACAUACCGUCCAGAACUGCUCCACAUAUCAGAUCUGAGGGAACCUGAAUUUUUGCACUGGGUGUUGUUUACCCUGUUGAUAUCUGACAAGCUACCACCUGUUUGUAUCGUUGUUGAGAGGCCCGCCUGUUCUGGAAGCUAUAAUCUGGAUAUUUGCCUCCCUUUGUUUGUUCAUGGUGAAUUUUAGACCCUGUCAGAGUGGCAUAUGAGCUACAUUAUUCUUGGCUUGUGUCCUUA